AUUUCCCAUCUCUGCAUAACUUUCGCCCUUGCUGCCUUUCAUAACAUUAACAAGUACAAUGAAAGGCUCAUAUCUAGACAAUCUUGCGGCGCCCUUUGAGGCAGACCGGCUUAUCGAAAUCCGCACCUCUGGAAUGAAACAAAUGCCCGGCUUGAAUGUCAUGUCAGGAAUUGACAAGCAGAUUCGCACGGUUUCCAUAAAGGUUGAUAAGCUGGGACUUGAAGGAGAUGAACACGACCCUACAUUUCAUGGCGGCCUAGACAAGGCUAUCCUUGGAUAUUGCUCUUCUCAUUAUCCGUCGUGGCAAGAAUCUUAUCCCGACAGAGUCGAUAAGUUCGUCCCUGGGGGUUUUGGAGAGAACUUUGUCACGGCGCACAUGAAUGAACGAAAUGUCUGUAUUGGUGACGUUAUCUCUGUUGGUUUAGAAGUGAUCCUCCAAGUAUCCCUUCCACGGCAGCCGUGCUUCAAACUCAACCAUCGCUUCUCGUUGAAGAAUUUCGCCCCUGAAACUUACAAGACUAGCCGCACUGGAUGGUAUUACCGCGUCCUCCGCGAGGGCACCGUCAACGCUGGCGAUGAGCUGAAGCUAGUUGAGAGGAAAUGGCCAGAGUGGACUAUUGAACGGGUCCAAGAGUAUCUGCAUCGCGUGACUGACAAUGAUGAAAUGAACGAGAAGCUGGCUGAAGUUGAAGCUCUCGGUAAUGAGGCGCGCAAGCAAUUCCAGAGACGCGUGGCCAAGGCGCAAAGACGGAAAAUGCAAAAGAAAGAAGACGCUUGGGAGAGCUUCAAGGUGAUCAGCCGCAAAAUUGAGACGCCAAGAACCAUUUCACUGGUAAUCGAAGCCCCCCCGAAGCCCCAUUCUGAGAAAUACCCAAUCGGAGCACAUGCAAGACUCAAGCUUGGAAAUGGCCUUGUUAGAGCAUACUCUGUGGUGUCAAGUAGCGGAAGUGGAGCUGAGCAAAUUAGAAGAUUGGAGUUUGGUAUUGCUCUUGACGCAAAUAGUCGAGGCGGGUCGCGGUAUAUUCACCAAUCUCUCAAAGAGGGAGAUACCAUCCAGGUGAGCAAUGUGACGAGCGAUGUUAGCGGAACAACAGGAGCGGCAAGCCAUCACGUUUUUAUAGCCGGAGGCAUUGGCAUAACUGCAUUCAUGGACAUGAUGUACAAAUACGACAACAUUAACUGGAGCUUUCAACUCCAUUACGCUGUACGGUCUUCCAACGACAUCCCUUUCCGAGACCGGUUGGAAUCAUAUGGGGACAGAGUGAUUAUAUACGACAAGUCUAAGGGCCAAAGGAUGGACAUCAGCAACAUCAUGAAGACCCUUCCCUGGAAUAGCUACACAUAUGUUUGUGGGCCCAACCGUAUGAUGGAAGCAGCCAAAACCACCGCCGACGAGGCCGGCAUUUCGCCGCAAGAGAUACAUUUUGAAGCUUUUUCCGCUGACACCACCGGGGAUCCAUUCGAGGCACAAGUCGCCAACCGCAAUAAUAAAGUUGUCAAAGUCGGAGAAGAAGAGAGUUUAUUGGAGGUCUUGAAGCGGGAGUUUGGUGAUAUUCCUUCAAGCUGUGAAGUGGGUAAUUGCGGCACAUGCAAAGUUUCUGUUAUAAAUGGGCAAAUCAUUCAUCGAGGCUCAGCGCUCAUGCCGGAUGAAAAGGACGUCUCCAUGCUGUCAUGUGUGAGUCGUGGCGUGGGAAGAAUUACUAUUGAGGUGUAGAUGCUUGAUGCGAGCAAGAUGACUGUUUUUUCAUAGAAGACUGUGAUUUACUUAUGCGAG